AUGGCCGACUCGGGCAGCUACAACCUCGCCGACGAGCUCCUCCUCCUCCAGGAUGAACCCUACAUCAUCCCGCACGAGGUCGCCGUCGACGACCUCGCACCCGCACAACAGCUCGCCACCUUGGACGCCGCAGUCGACACCAUCACCGCCUCGUCGGGAAACAUCACCAACCUCGAGACCUUCGACCUCUUCCGCUCCUACCUAAAGCACUUUGCCACCCUCAGCCCAAACGCAUGCCACAAGCUCCUCGAUGCCAUCCUCAGCGGUAUGACAAACGCCCUCGAAGACGCACAGAGGGAGCUCGACGGCGACGACCCAAACGCCUACGCAGGACACGCACAGCCCCUCGAGAUGUACGCGUUCCUCCUCCAGUGGUUCGUCGCAGUCGCCGAAAAGCACAGCGGAGGCAGGCAAGAGGCGGGCGCCGCAGCCGCAGCAGCCGCAGCCGCGUCCGCAUCGUCGGGCGCAGCAGCCGCCUCGGGCUCAAAGGGCGGCAGGAGAGGCGGCGGCGCAAAGGCCAACGCCUCGAGCAAAUCCACCUCGGGCAAGGCCGACGCGUGGGCCUGGUCCAACUCGAUCCCCCCGGUCCUCGCCCUCAUGUCAAAGGCCCUGCGCGUCCGGUCCGAGCGCAUGUGGACCGUCACCGCCGCCAGGGACUCGUACGUCUCCGGAUGCAUCAUGCGCCCCGCCCUCCUCCUCCAGGAAAACGAGGGCCACCUCAAGGUCCAGGCCAUCAAGCUCGGCAUCUUCAAGGUCAUCUGCCAGGCCGUCAAGGCCCACGGACAGGCGUUCAGCGCCCAGACCAGCAUCAUGCAGAGCCUCCAGUAUUACGAGCACCUGGCCGAACCCAUGGCCGAGCUGCUGGCCGUGAUGCGCGGCGAGUUCGACUACGAGCGCCUCGGCGAAGACGUCCUGCGCGAGGUGGCCGGCAAGAACUUCGGCGCCAUGGACACGAAGAGCCCGAGGAGCUUCGGCCGCUUCCUCGUGCGCAUGGCCGAGCUCAGCCCGCGCAGCGUGCUCAAGCAGAUUGCGCUCCUCCAGAAGCACCUCGACAGCGAGUCGUACCCAAUGCGCAACGCCAUGAUCGAGACCCUGGGCCUGCUCAUCCGCGAGCUCACCACCACCGACGACGCCCUCACCACCUCGUCGUCAGGCGGCACGUCUUCGUCGGCCGGAGCCGGCGGCAACGACGGUACCGCCGACGAGCAGCGCGGCAGCGUCGAGGCGCGCAAGAAGCAGAUUGAGACCUUCUUCAACCUGCUCAUCGAGCGGUUCCUCGACCUCAACUCGUACGUCCGCAGCAAGCUCAUCACCGUCUGCGCCAAGCUGUGCGACCUGCCCACCAAAUUCCCCAAGCAGCGCACAGAGAUGACCGACCUCGUCAUCCGCGCUCUCGAGGACAAGAGCAGCGGCGUCCGCAAGAAUGCCAUCGCCCUCCUCACCAAGCUCAUCCUCACCCACCCCUAUGGCGUCAUGCACGGCGGCGAGCUCAACCUGACAGAGUGGCAGAAGCGCUACGACGCCGUCAGCAAGGAGCUCGAGGCGACCGAGGGCUCGCUGGAGCUGCCUGGCGAGCAGGAGCUCGAGGACGAGGAUGGGGAGGAAGAGGAAGAAGAGGAGGAUGAGGACGAGGACGACGAGGGCGCAGACGACACCGAGGCGGCCGACGACACCAUGGACAUCGACGAAGACGACGCCGAACGGACCCCGAAGCCCAAGGCCAAGACGCAGGACAAAAAGAAGGCGGCGGCCAAGGAGGGCAAGAAAGGCCGCCGAUCCGGCGUCGACCUCGAGGCGCUCGCCGCGGCGCGUGCGCAGAUGGAGCCCGUCGACGGCGAAAAGAUCAUGAAGCUGCGCCUGACCAAGCGCUACUACGACGACGCUGUCCAGUUUAUCGUCCAGCUCGAGGGCGCCAUGCCCGUGCUGUCGCAGCUGCUGGUCUCGACCAACAAGGCCGAGGUGCUCGAGAGCAUGGAGUUUUUCCGCGUCGCCUACGAGUACCGCCUGGCGGGCGCCGCGGCCGGCAUCCGCAAGAUGGUGCACCUGAUCUGGACCAAGGACAACACGCUCGUCAUGGAGGACGGCAGCCAGCUCAAGGGCGUCCGCAGCCGCCUCAUCGAGGUCUACCGGGCCCUCUACUUUGAGGCGCGCCCCGAGCUCAGCGCCAAGGACAACGUGGCCCGCAUCGCCCGCAACAUGAUCGAGCGCACCUUUGGCGCCACGCUGGCCGAGCUGACCAGCCUCGAGGAGCUGAUGAAGACGAUGGAGUCCGAGGGCCUCGUCCACCCGGACGUGGUCGCCAAGCUGUGGGCCGUCUAUUCGGCGCCGCGCGCCAUCUCCAAGGCGCAGCGCCGCGGUGCCAUCAUCGUGCUCAGCAUGCUCGCCGUCGCUCGUCGCGAGAUUGUCUCGGAAAAGAUCGACCUGCUCCUUAAGAUCGGCCUCGGUCCACUCGGCGCGCGCGACGUGGUGCUGGCCAAGUACUCGUGCAUCGCGCUGCAGCGCGUCGGCGGCAGCGUCAAGAAGGUCAAGGGCGCGCUGAGCGACGAGAGCGUGCGGUACCCCAUGAACCACCCGAUGUUUGCGCGGCUGCGGGCGGCCAUCCAGAUGCCGAGCGAGGUGCUGCGCGGCGAGAGCAAGGGCGAGUGGUUCAGCCUCGCCGAAAACGCCAUCCAGACCAUCUACCUGCUGGGCGAGCAGCCCGACUCGCUCUGCACGGAAAUCAUCCGCAGCAUGACGAUGCGCGUCUUUGCGCCCAAGCCGGCCGCCCCUCCGGCCUCGGCAGGCGCCGACGAGGCCGGCGAGGCCCGCAGCCGCGCCAGCUCUCCCGGCAUGGACGUCGACGCCGCCUCGGACGCCGGCGGCUCUGCACGCGCCGGCUCGCCUUCGCCCAGCCCGGCGGCCAACGUGCAGGGCGACGCGUUUCAGCUCGCGCAGCUGCUCUUCGUCGUCGGCCACGUUGCGCUCAAGCAGAUUGUCUAUCUGGAGCUGGUGGAGCGCGAGUACAAGCGGCGCAAGGCCGAGGCCGAGCAGGAAAAGGCCAUGGCCAAGGCCGUGUCCGAGGGCAAGCGCGGCAAGGCGGCGGCGGCGGCCGUCGAGGAGCUCGACCAGGUCGCCGGCAACGCCGAGGACGAGAUCGGCGACGUGAUCGCCAGCAUCCGCGAAAAGGAGCUCCUCUUUGGCGACCGCAGCGUGCUGGCCGUCUUUGGCCCGCUGGUGACCCACAUCUGCAGCAGCCCAAAGUCGUACCCCAACGACUUUGUGCGCAAGGCGGCGGUGCUGACGCUGUGCAAGUUCAUGUGCGUCUCUUCGAGCUUCUGCGAGACGAACCUGGCGCUGCUGCUCCACAUCCUGUCGACGUCCAAGGACGCCGUGAUCCGGUCCAAUGUCGUGAUUGCGCUGGGCGACAUUGCCAUCUGUUUCGGCUCGCUCGUCGACGAGAACAGCGACCGGCUGUACGCGGGCCUCAACGACGUCGACCUGGGCGUCAAGAAGCACACGCUCAUGGUGCUCACCCACCUCAUCCUCAACGGCAUGAUCAAGGUCAAGGGCCAGCUGGGCGAAAUGGCAAAGUGCCUCGAGGACGACGAGCCGCGCGUCAGCGACCUGGCCAAGCUCUUUUUCAGCGAGCUCUCGACAAAGGAAAAUGCCGUGUACAACAACCUGCCCGACAUUAUCAGCCACCUCUCGAUUGGCAAGCACGCCGUCGACGAGGAGACGUUUGCCAGGACCAUGAAGUUUAUCUUUACCUUUAUCGACAAGGAGAAGCAGGCCGAAAACGUCGUCGAGAAGCUGUGCCAGAGGUUCCGACUGACGUCCGAGGAACGACAGUGGCGCGACAUUGCCUUCUGCCUCUCGCUGCUGCCGUACAAGAGCGAGCGGUCGAUCAAGAAGCUCAUCGACGGCCUGCCCUUUUACCAAGACAAGCUGCACCACGGCGAGGUGUACAAGCGCUUCCUCGAGAUCCUGGCAAAGGCGCGCACCAACAAGUCGGCGUCGAACAAGACGAGCGACGCCGACCUGCGCGAGUUUGAAGAGAUCCUCACCAACAUCGCGCAAAAGGGAGAGCAGGACGAGGCGUUCGAGGGCGCCACCCAGGCCAAAGUGGCACGGGCCGAGAAAAAGGGACGCGGCCGAGGCGCACCCGCGGCGGCGGCGGCGGCGGCGACGACGGCCGCUGCAGGAGGAGCAGGAGGUCGACGCGGUGGCGGUGGUAGACGCGCGGCGAGGGCCAGCGUCAUGAGCGAGGCUUGA